AUGGCGAAUGACUGUCCCGACCAUAUCACUCCAAGCAGUGGCUGCCUUGCUGAGAAUGAGAGCUGUGCUCUCCCAACACCAGAAUCCUUGGGUGUCGACUGUCCCAGCCCCAGUCUUGUACUUUCCACAUCACCAAUUUCAAAUUUAGCUCCAAAGCCCGAUAGCCAUCGGACUGGACCAUUGGCGAAACCAGUGUCAGGGAGAGCAACCCGAGCUUGUUUGGGAUGCAGGUCUCGCAAAGUCCGAUGUGAUGUGACACGAAGAUGGCCGUGUGGUAACUGCAAAUGGACUGACCGAGCCUGCAUUGUGAGGGACCGCCGCCCGCGAAAAAGUAGCACAUUCCGGCUGUACGAUCUUUACAACGUGGCAGAGGACGAGCAGUGUGAGCAAUCUCCGCGCAACGACAACUACGCAGAGGGGGAUUCUCCAUGCUCACAAAGCUUGAGUUCUCACUGUUCUGAUUCGAACUCGGCAGUCACCACAAAAUCCCGAUCAUGCUCGAAACCAAACAAAGAAUAUAUGCCAAAACAGUCGCGCUCAGAUCAAGUCUCCAUAUCAGACCCUUUCUCGCCGGUUAUGUCGUUGCCAUGGUUCAUUAGGCCACUGCAUUGGGGUAUUGAUACGGGUGACCUGGACUUCUUACUAUCGAAAGGAGCGUUGUCCCUCCCGAGCCAUGCUCUUCAGUUGGCCCUUGUCCGCGCAUACGUGGACAACAUUUACUCGCAUAUCCCGAUUAUUGAUCUUUCUCACUUUCUGGAAUGCAUCACGGCAACUGAUCAAGUUGCACCCCGAGUCAGUUUGCUUCUCUACCAGGCCAUUCUUGCGGCUGGAACAGCCUGUGUAAGGAUCGAAGACCUGAAAGAAGCGGGGUUUCAAACAAGAAAGAGUGCUCGCAGAAUAUUCUUGGACAAAGUGAGGCUACUCUAUGACUUUAACUGCGAACUCGACCAGCAAAUCGUUGUACAGGUCUUGCUACUCAUGUCCCUGGCUUAUGAGGAGCCAGUCGGGCGCCGAAGCAGUUUUUAUUGGCUCGACACAGCCAUCUCCCAGGCUUUUGCCAGUAAACUUCAUUACGACCCGAGCAUGCUCGGAUUAGCACUGCCUAUACAGACUUUGAGGAUCCGCCGACGCCUAUGGUGGUGCUGUUAUAAUCUUGAUCGUCUAGUCAGCUUGGGAACAGGCCGAACCAGGAUGAUUUCGGAAGACGAUUUCAAUGUUUCAAUGCCGGAUGUUUCAGAUUUUGAACCAUUCCAGCAUGUGCGCGGUGAUGCUACGGCUCACAGUACAGUAUGUUCUUGUGACGGGAGUGAUCAAGGAUAUUCGGACUUGGCACUGUUAUUCAUUGAGCAAACCCGUCUCUGUAGGCUCCUAGAUGGAAAUGAAUGCUCGUCUCGGAACUUGCCCUGCACCUGGCAAGGCCUAGAUUGGGCCAUUGGGGGAUCACACAAUGCCAACUGGCCAUUCCGACGGCUUGAACAUCAUCUCUCUGAAUGGUACAGUGCCUUGCCAUCGAAAGCACGAUACCGUCCUAUAGUUCAAGAUGAUUUGGGACGAAAGGGAACUGCAGCAGCAGCGGUCAAUCGUUCAUUUCUACACCUGACGUUCAACAUGGCGAUGCUCAACGCGUACCAAUCACGGCUCGGACUGUUACCAGAGCAGGAUAUCGGGACAUCCUAUGAGACGGAAGCUUGUGAGGUGUUGAUGAAUCAUGCUGCAGGGCGUAUUUCACACAUUAUGGGGAACAUUGAAGCCAACGGUCUGGAGUUCUGUCUCCAUCCCGGAGCGAUGCAUUUCGCAAUAUCUGCUUCCGAAGUCCAUCUCGAGCGGCUAAACAAACUUGAUAUAGUGGCUCAGGCUAAGCACAAUCAAUGUGCGCGCGUCGUUGAACUGAUGCAGGAGGCCUACUUUGUUCCAAGUCAGUCGCGGCACUUGCGGCCAUCUCCUUCCUCCCCUAGCGCCAGUCAUUGCAGCCAAGUUGAGAGAGAAGGAUAUACAGAGAAAACCGGGAGACUCCCUGAACCUAUCUCCUGGGAGUUUGAUAUCAGCCAGUCGGUAACAUCACAAGCUGUAUCUACGUGCAACAUGGCCGACGUUGAGAGUUUGUCUCCUGAGCUACAAACUACUGAGCGGUGGAUGACUGGCCCGCUUGAUGCAUUUCAUAAUUUUGAAAACUCGAUGUAG